AUGACGGGCCGAUCGAAGAGUGGUCGUCCCCGCCGAGUGCGGUAUGAGGGUCUAUUCAGUGUCCACGACGAGCUAAGGGGUCCGAGCCGCAGUAGCCGGCCGCUAGGUCGCGUGUCGGGCGGCGCAAGGCCGGGGAAACGCCGUGGAAAUCGACUCCGCGGACUGGUUUGGCGAGCUAAACAAACCAGGGCUGUCGAAGGCAAGCUAAUUUUUUGCAUGCCGCGGAUAGCGCUCGAAACCGGUUCGAUGGUGGCACCAAGUUGGUCGAUCAACUGCGAGACGGAAUCGAACGGG